AUGCAGCUCCCUUUAGAUAAAGAACAUGAGGUAAAGAAUUCAAGUGAAAACACUGAGUGUAAGGCCAGUCACCAGAUGGCAUCAUUAUCUCAAAGCAAUUUGCCCACCAAGACAGAGACCAUUAACCAACUCUCUUCAUCUGCAAGCCUCCUUCAACUGAACAAACACAACAUGCAUAAAUCCAGCACCAUUGCCACAAGAGUCUCCGAAGGCAUGGCUGCACAAAACCCUGUACAAAUAGGCACGAGAGGCACUGUUGGGUCCCUCAUAAUGCAAGAAAUCAAGUACUUCAGCCAGCUUGAAUUAAGCUGCCAAGAAACCUCACAGAAGCCUCAGCGCCAUAUUACUGCCGCAGCUUCAACUGGUAACGAAUCUAAAACCACUCUCGGAUCUUCGGCCAAUUGGGAUUUCAGGAUUCAGUUAUAG